UUUAACAUGCAGACAUUGAAAACCAGAAAAACCAACACACACAGAUGGCAACAUUAACCUCAUCAUCAUUCAUGAAACAUACAUUUCACUUUCUUCUGUCUUUGUUCCUUUUCUUAUUAAACCAAACAAAUUCUCAGCCUCACUCUCAUGUAUAUGAUCAAGAACAAAAAGUACUAUUAAACAUAAAACAAUAUCUUCAAAACACUUCUUUCCUUAACCACUGGACACCAUCAUCAAAUUCCAAUCAUUGUUCUUGGAAAGAAAUCAUUUGCACAAAUGGUUCAGUCACUGGAAUAACUCUCUCCCAAAUCAACAUCACUAAAACUAUACCACCCUUUAUUUGUAAUGAACUCAAAAACCUUACACAUGUUGAUUUCAGCUUCAACUUUAUCCCUGGUGAUUUUCCAACACUUUUUUAUAAUUGUUCAAAGCUUGUUUAUUUAGACCUUUCUAUGAACAACUUUGAUGGUAACAUUCCUAAUGAUAUUGGAAACUUGAGUUCUAAUUUGCAAUAUCUUAAUCUUGGUUCAACAAAUUUUCAUGGUGGUGUUCCUGAUGGGAUUGGAAAGUUAAAGGAGUUGAGGGAACUUAGAAUUCAAUAUUGUUUAUUGAAUGGUACAGUCAGUGAUGAGAUUGGUGAAUUGUUGAAUCUUGAGUUUUUGGACUUAUCAUCCAAUGCUGUGUUUCCUUCUUGGAAAUUGCCUUUGAGUUUGACCAAGUUGAAAAAGUUGAAGGUUUUUUAUGUUUAUGGCUCUAACUUGUUUGGUGAAAUGCCUGAAAGAAUCGGAGAUAUGGUUUCUUUGGAGAAAUUGGAUAUGUCUGAUAACGGUUUAACCGGAGAAAUUCCUAGUGGCGUGUUCAUGUUGAAGAAUCUGAGCAUACUUUAUCUUUACAGAAACAAACUCUCUGGUGAGAUACCUAGUUUGGUUGAAGCAUUGAACUUGACUAGCCUUGAUCUUGCAGAGAACAAGCUUGUUGGGAAGAUACCUGAAGAUUUCGGAAAGCUUCAAAAGUUAACAUGGUUGAGUUUGUCUCUCAAUAACUUAUCAGGUGAAAUACCAGAAAGUGUAGGCCUUCUUCGUUCUCUUGUCGAUUUUCGUGUUUUUUCAAACAACUUAUCAGGUACUAUUCCUCCUGAACUCGGUCGAUAUUCAAAGCUCAAAACCUUUCUGGUUUCUUCUAAUAGUCUUGUUGGAAAGUUGCCUGAGAAUUUAUGUUACUAUGGUGAGUUACUCAACUUGACAGUUUAUAAAAAUAAUCUCAGCGGCGAGUUACCAAAAUCACUAGGAAAUUGUAAUAGCUUGCAGGAUUUGAAAAUUCAUAAUAAUGAGUUUUCUGGUGCUAUUCCUAGUGGUCUUUGGACGUCUUUCAAUCUGUCGAAUUUCAUGGUAAGCAAUAAUAAGUUCACUGGUGUGAUACCAGAAAGAUUAUCAUCAAAUGUUUUGCGGUUCGAGAUAGGUAACAAUCGGUUUUCUGGUAGAAUUCCAGCAGGAGUAUCUUCAUGGACUAAUGUGGUAGUUUUUGAUGCAAGUAACAACUUGUUAAAUGGAAGUAUUCCACAAGAGAUAACAUCUCUUCCAAAAUUAACAACUCUUUUGCUUGAUCAGAAUCAGCUAACUGGUCCAAUUCCUUCAGAUAUAAUAUCAUGGAAGUCCUUGGUAACCUUAAAUUUGAGCCGAAACCAUCUUUCGGGACAAAUUCCAGAUACAAUUGGAAAAUUACCUGUCCUUAGUCAACUUGAUUUGUCAGAAAAUGAGUUUUCUGGCAAAGUUCCUUCUCAACUUCCUAGACUCACUAAUCUCAAUCUCUCAUCUAAUCAUUUCACAGGAAGGAUUCCACGUGAGUUUCAAAAUUCAGGUUUUGCUAGAAGCUUUUUGGCCAAUUCUGGUCUUUGUGCUGAUACACCAAUACUCAACAUAACUUUGUGCAAUUCUGGUUUUCGAAGUUAUCGAAGUGAAAGCAAAGGAUCAUCAUGGUCUAUUGGUUUGAUUAUAAUUCUUGUCAUAGUAGCAAUCUUAUUGGCUUUUAGUGCUGCUUUCUUGAUUAUCAAUGUUUUCAAGAAAAGAGCGCAAGAUUUGGAUUAUUCAUGGAAGUGACACUAGGUUAGAUGUUGAUGAUAUGUUUAUUUCUUAGAUUUUGUGUGUUUGGCAUAUCUCAAUGUUAAAGAAUGUUCAAGCCUUAUAAAAACUAGUACUUUGAUGAUAUCUCUAGUGGAAAUGAAAUGAGAUCACAAUUGUAGUGACUAACAAGCAAGAAUCUAAAUGAAAUCACAAUUAUAAUGCAUGUUCUUACACUAAUUUUAAUAUGCAUUAUAAGAUAUAUUAUGACAAUAUAUGCUAAGUUCUGUGUUAUGUUAGUGACAAUUACAGUACAUAUGAUAUUAGGAUGAGGAAUUAAUUAAUGCAGCAGCAAGUUGAGGUAGUGAUUAUAGUGUGGAAAUUCAAUGGUCAAUAAUGGCGGGCACCAGUUGAAUUCAGUUUUGUUAGAUUGGAAAUACAUGUGGUAUUCCAUCUUUUCUAGUGAUGUAGAUAUAUGCAUUAAUAUAUAUCUGUGACUUUUCUUAUAUAAAAAUAUUUAUAGACAAGCAUAUACUGUUAUGUAAGACUGGAAAUAAGAGAACCAUUAGCCUCUUUGAUUUAUGAAGAAGUUCAUGCACAAUCUUAUUGAAAUUUGUUUGUUGUCAACUUAAGUAUUUUGGAUGGUCUCCGCUGCAUAACUCACAAUAAUCUGCUUAUGCUUUGGCAUUUCAUGCAUCUUGAACUGUUGAGGCAGUUUUUGACAAUUGCUU